AUGGCAAAUAAAAUACUAGAUCCAAUCUUUAAAUUAUACAAUCCGAUUCGUUAUUCAUUUAACAAGAAAAAAGAGAAUUAUAUUAUCAUCUCAACGACUGUUGGUUCUAAAUCCCAGUUGAAUGAUGUUGGUAGAAUUACCUUCAAAAUAAAUUCAUUAUCGAAUUGGUUGCUUCUUUCUGAUGCUUAUUUCAGAUGUGAUUUCAAAAUUAAAGAUGGAACUCCCAAUGAAAAUCGUUUACCACAAACAAAUACAACGUUAGAAAACAAUUUCUUUCCAUCUUUAUUUAGCGAGAUGGUUUUGGAAGCUGGUUCAAAACCGAUAGAAACAAUUAAACACCCUGGGGAAUUCGACACAAUGUUGAAAACAGUUUUAUAUCCUAAAGAUUUUGUAAUAACACCAUCAAUUGAAGUAGAAACGAGAAUAUUCAACUCAUUAACUAAAGAUAUUGAAAUAGCUUUUCUUCAUCGUAAUACGGUAGGUAGCAUGACUUUAACCGGAGAAUCCACCAAAUGGCCAAUCACUAACACUAUUAGACCAGCAAGAUAUUUAAUGGUUGGUUUCAAGAACUUGCCAGACCCUCAGACGAAUAACAAUAAUAUCUUUAGAGUAGCAACAAACCAAACUCAAGAUCCUAUAAUCCAUAAAGUUCAAGUAAGAUUUAACAACGAUAAUUAUCCUAACCAGCCUUUAACAAUUAAUCCAACCACAAAGGAUUAUAAUGAAUUGUAUAGAAACUAUAAAAACAUGUGUGAAUUAUUUGGAAAUCCACCUCAGUUUGAAUAUGUAGAUUUUGCACUUAAUCAUCCAAUCUUCUGUUUUGAUCUAUCAGCUCACCAAGAAGAUGUUUUCAAAACAGGAGUGAACAUAAAUAUUCAUAUUGAAAAAACACAAGGAGAUGUAACAGCGGCGGUUGCAGCAACUGGUGGAACAUCUGCCGCAGUCAAAGCUGCCAACGCAAAGAAAGCAGCUGAUGCUAAAGCCGCUGAAGAACGCAGACAUAAUUUAAUAAUAGAAAAGAAAGCCAAAGGUUCAGGAGUGGGAGAUAUGAUAGGCACAAUAAAAGAAUUUGGAAAAAGAUUUGGGGAAGAAACCAAGAAAACUGUUAAACAAGGAUUAAAUAACUUAGUACAUAGUAUUGACACAGGAGAAGUCAAAGUCAAACAUAAGGGUAAUGGAAUAUAUUUUAAAAAUAUACACACUGGAGAAGGAUUAUUUCUUUCAAAGUAUAAAGGAGAAGGAGUGAUUUUUGGAAUAAAAUAA